CGAGUUCGACAGGCGUUCAUUCAAGAAUUGUGGAGACAGAUGGUCAGAAGAUUCCACUAUGACAAAGAUACCAUUAUUUAAACGGAUGCUAGAUAAGGGAAUUCACCCAAUGGCAGUAUAUGGUGUAGUGACAAGUGGAUGUCUUUAUGUUAUGUAUCUUAAAGGCGAAGAUUGGUUUGGGACGCCAAAAGAAUUUCAUGAAAUAGUAGAAUUACAGAAGAGAGUUGAUGCUAAAAGAAGGAAAGAACGUCAAGAAGAAGCAGAGCGCAGAUUGUAAAUAGAUGAACGUAGAAUUAUUGUUACAUGAAUGAGUGAGAAUGUGAGUGACUGAAAUCAUACACAUCUGAUCCUGUUUAUACGUCACACAGUGGGUAAAGCAGAUCAGUCCUUACUGGGAUCAGAAAUGCAGUCUAAUUUGAAGGGAAAGACCCGUUUGGAUUCCAAGGCAGAGUCUCCUAUAAACUGCCUUACACUGGAGAAUGACUGCAUAUUGAAGGCUUUGAUACUGAUGGAGCAGAUUACGUCUUCUUCACGAGGACCUGGUGGUAAAAUUAAAAUCGUACAGAACUCACUUGGAGGUCAUUUAACCUUGACCUCUACUUCAACAAGGCUACUCAAUGCCAUGUCAUUUACCAACCCAAUGGUAAAACUGAUUACAAGCUCUGCACAGGGACAUUUGAAAAAAUUUAAUGAUGCUGGACAUUUGAUGAUGUCAGUCAGCUUGAAUUUGAUCUUACAGUCCUUAAAGCUUGGCACAAGUAGAAGGAUCCUGACUGAUUUAUAUGAAAUCUUCCUGGGGAUGUGUGCAGACUAUAUCCAAUGUAAAACAAGCAGUCCUAUUAAGAUAGAUGUCAUGUUCUCUGAUUUGAAACAAAUGUCUUCCAUUGUAAAAAGUAUACUUAUAUCUAAACCCCUCUGCCAGUUUGCUGUAAGGAACUUGAAGUUGUGUAGUGAUUUGUUACUGGAGACUUUCCUGAUGUCACUCCCUAACUGUGAAACUGUGACACGGGUGUCAGACUCUGUCAAUGUCGUAGCUUUACAGGGGCAACCAAUAGAGAAAUCCAACGUUCUUCAGGGACUCCUCCUGCAGUGCCCAGAAAUUGUGUCUCAUUCCAAUCAAAUCUUGAAUGUUAAUACAGUGGAGAAUGAAGACAGUACCUUUCACUGCCUAGUUGCCUUGGUAACAGCCUCCAUGUCGGGAGAUUCAGAAGAAGUAGGCAGUAUGCAGUAUGAAUCAGAUAUUUCUGUGGACACUGACUACUGUAUACUGGGCAUUUUAGAGGACUUCUGUGACAAACUGACUGCUGCUAAUGUAGGGCUGUUACUUUGUCAACGAGUGGUUCAUCCUCGACUCAAAUAUAGGCUCCAACAACAGUCCAUUGUAGUAGUGGAGAGACUGGGAGUUACCAUGACACCUUACAUCCAGGAUGUUUCAGGUGCUGUUCCUAUAAGAUCUUUUCACAAUCUGGAUACUGAGGUACUAGGAAAAGUUGCAUCAGUUGAACAUCAGAUUUUUCUUGGAAAGAGUUAUAUGCUCCUGUCACCAUUACAAGACAAGUGUGUUGUAAGUUUGGUCCUGUACAGCCAAGAAGAGGAACAGCUGUCUGAGCUGAAGAUGUUGUGUUCUACCUGUCUGUUGUCUCUACGCCAACUGGUCCAGUCACCACAUGCCUUGCUAGGAGCUGGCUGCUGGCAAACACACCUUGCUGCCAUGCUGAACAGAAAGGUCAAAGCCAACCAAGUAGACAUCAUCAGACGGACAGGCUGUACAGUGAAGUGUCUGACUCAAGCUUGUAAAGUCUUCACCAACACUCUACAAAAGAUUGCUGCCAUGGGAACAGGGCAUGACAGACAAGAUCAUAUGUCAGACUUGGAACAUGGCCAUCUUUGGCGCCUACCAAAGGGCAGUAGGCCUGACCCUGAUGCUGUCCUCAGGUGUUCCUGUGGAGCUGUCAAACAAAGGAUUUCUAAACUUUUCUAUCUAAGUGAAACUCCUGAUAUUGUUGAACAGAAAAAACUUGACCAAACUGGACAUUCCAAACUUCACACAGCAGAUACAGAUGUGAUUUUAGAUUUGUCUGCACCAUGUGUGGCAGCGCUAACAUCAGGUGUUCUUACAGCUAAUACUGUCCUGUCCAUCGGGCAGUUUAUACAGGAUAUUAACUAGGUAUAUUUUGUACAAUUUACACAGGGUACCAACUAGAAAUAUUUUGGACAGUUGAUGCAGGACUUCAACUGGGUAUAUUUUGACAGUUUAUAAGGGACAUUAACUAAUCAUGGGACAUUAUCUAAUGACAUGGAUGUUACAGAGAACUACAAUUUUCCUACAUUCUGUAGAUGUCUUAGUCAUUCUUCAGUGAAAGUCAUUUGGAAUUCAGAAAUACAUAACUAAAAUCAUUGUGUGCAAAGUAAUAAAACCUUGUGUUGUAA